CUUUAAUGUUGUUAUGUCUGUUAACAUAAAAUUGUACACACUCUGAGAUCCUGCUGUAAACUGCAACGAUGAACAGUUUUAAAGGAAAUACUAUUGCUGUUAUCGGGAGUGGCCUCAUCGGUCGAAGCUGGACCAUGGUGUUUAUCAGUGCAGGAUACAGAGUUAAGAUUUAUGAUGUACAGACUGGUCAAGCCACACGUGCCAUUGAAGAAAUAAGCAAACAGCUGAAGGAGCUGCAAGAGGCUGGAAUGCUGAGAGGAUCCUUGAGUGCUCAAGAGCAGACGUCACUCAUCAGCUCCCAGGAGGACCUGAAACAGGCACUAGAGGGAGCUUUCUUCAUUCAGCACAAUAAUACACACAACAAGGAAAUGUUACAAUAUUCAAAGGAUGAGUCAGCUCCAGGUACGUCUCAUCAGUACCUCUUUUUAAAAGGCAGAAAAAAUGAAAGGGUUUUGGUGAAGACAUUUCUGUGGUGUCUGUUGCCUGCAAUCCUGCCUGCUUCACCAGACUUGCUGCUGCCUGUGACUGGUGGCUUCUACCUGUCUGUGUUUGCCUGGGUUCCUGCCUGCCUCACUGGACUUGCUGCUGCCUGUGACUGGUGGCUUCUACCUGUCUGUGUUGCCUGGGUUCCUGCCUGCCUCACUGGACUUGCUGCUGCCUGUGACUGGUGGCUUCUACCUGUCUGUGUUGCCUGGGUUCCUGCCUGCCUCACUGGACUUGCUGCUGCCUGUGACUGGUGGCUUCUACCUGUCUGUGUUGCCUGGGUUCCUGCCUGCCUCACUGGACUUGCUGCUGCCUGUGACUGGUGGCUUCUACCUGUCUGUGUUGCCUGGGUUCCUGCCUGCCUCACUGGACUUGCUGCUGCCUGUGACUGGUGGCUUCUACCUGUCCGUGUUUGCCUGCUGGCCUCACCAGAUUUACUGCUAUUUAUUGCUGUUUCUGCCUGGCCUGUUUGCUGCUGGACUGUGACUGUUGUCUGCUGUAUCGGUUUGCUACUGCUUCCCUGUCGGAGUGUGGAGAGUCACGUUGGUGAAGAUGUCAUCCUCAGCAGCUCAACCUCCUGUCUCCUACCCACAGAUGUAUUCUUACAAGUGACGUACAAGAAGCGUUGCAUCGUGUCACACCCUGUGAACCCCCCCUAUUAUGUGAAGCUAGUUGAGCUGGUGCCUCAUCCAGAAACUGAUGCUGCAGUGAUGGAGAGGACCUACUCAUUGAUGAAGGAGAUCGGACAGUCCCCAGUGAGAUUAAGACGGGAGAUUGAUGGCUUUGCCCUGAAUCGCAUACAGUAUGCAAUCAUUGCAGAGGCCUGGAGGCUUGUCAAGGAUGGAGUUCUGUCAGUUGCGGAUGUUGAUCUUGUGAUGUCAGAAGGACUGGGAAUGCGGUAUGCCUUCAUUGGCCCCAUGGAGACAGUUCAUCUCAAUGCAGAAGGUCUUGAGCAGUACACGCAACGCUAUGGGGAAGGAAUGAAAAGAGUCUUAUCAUCUUUUGGGCCAGUACCAGACUUCUCAGGAGAAGAUGUGAAGAAGAUUAAUCAGGAAAUGUGUGAGCUAAUCCCCAGCGAUCCCCAGCAUUUGGCUGCAAGAAGAGAACGGAGGGAUCGCUUCAUCCUCGGCCUAGCAAAGCUAAAGAAGGACCAGGAAUCCAAGCAAAGAAAGCCUGUUUGACCACUUCAGCAGUCCAAACAUGUGCCUGCCCUGGCAGAAGGACCAGACGUGCAACUUGCUACCUUGAACACUGCUUAACUUUUGAUAUUCCUUUAAAGUGUUUUGCAGUUCAGCUGGUAUUCAUAACAAAAUAAAAAGGCUACGUGUUUUAUGAGGUCUUUUCAUUUCCCCUUUUAAAUGAUUGUGUUUGUAUAUGUGCCCUGAAGGGUAGGUGGAUAGUACUCAGUGAAAGAAAAACAGAAACCAGAUUUCUAAAGGAAAAGGUACUUAACAGUUACUUUUUGGCAUUCAGUGCCACUUUGCAUUCCACUUUUAGGGUUUCUUUUUUCCUAAUAUGAUGUGUUUGUUACUGGGUUGGCAGCAUUUAACAGCAUACAACACAACUAACAUGCAUAUAAACA